CUUGUUUCCUGGCCUUCCUUUUCGUCUCAUGAUAUCUGCCCAAGGUCAACGUCUAGGAAGACAGUGAUAAAACACCUCAGCUGGCAUCUGCUCUCACGUAGAUUCUUUCGUCGGUUUGCGCCUUUCCGCCUUUCCGCCCUCCUUCGAUUGACAUUCUACGCUAAAGGGCGCACACGGGAGAAAUGCUGCCUAGACGUCAAGAAUAUAAGGACAAAUCUGAAUGCACACCAUUGAGAAUCUAUCAGACUUUCCACAGUUCAUGAAUUCAACUACCAAUUCGCUCAUCCAGCUACGCUAUUUCAACUUAAUAACCCCGAUAAUCUCUCCAUCAAUAACACCAUGGCGACACCAUCGUUAUCAACGCUACAUCAUGUUACCAAGCGCAAGCUUAAUAAACUUGCAGAGCAUCGGCAGAAGUUCGAGGCGGACAAGAAAGCUAUUCAAGCUAGUGUAGCUGCUGCUUCCGACCAUCGAAGUAAAGUUCAGGUUUUGCUUGAGGGCUUCGAUUUGUAUGGCAUUACCAUCGAACAGCCGGAACUUUCGACUUAUAAUUUAGCACGCUUCAUCCACCAGGCUAAACACGACCCGUCUGUCCCGGCUCAUCUUCUUCGGGACUGGCAAACCAAGUUGGAACACGAGUUAGAUGUUACCAGCCUGAAGUACGAAUAUGCAGCCUUGUUUGGGAAUCUUGUCAUCGAAUGGAUUGAAUACCCGAACCCUGCGUCCUCAACGUCUAACAACUCCAACUCCAACUCCGACUCCGACAUCGAUGACAGCUUCGACGCAGUAGGCCGCAAAGAGAUGCAUGAACAGCGAAAGGAGUGGGAGCGCCAUGCGUUCACCGAGAAGAAGGUGGAUCAGCACAAGAUUGAUGCAUAUUUAAAUGAUAUCUUCGGCACGCCUCUGCAAGCCAAAAAGUUAAAGAAGUCGCCUCUACAGGAACUGCGGGAGACCAUGAAGGAAGUCAUGGACUUCAAAUCGAAUCUCGACACGCCAAAGCGGGAAGAACCUCUCCGCAAGGGAAUUCGCCGUACAAUAAACGAGCACCGCUUCACUGUCGACAAGCUGACAUCGUGCAUCCGUGGGGUGCUUCAGUCGGAUUUACUUGCCGGCCAGAAGCGCGAGGCUCUAGCGGAGCUGGAAAACCAGCCAGCUGUGUUGAAGGAGUUGGUCGACGUGCUAAAUUUUGAUCUCGAAGGGCUUGACCAAUGGGAAUGGGAUCCAACGCCGGUUCCACUGCAUAUGCGUAGGCAACUCAAUGGGAAGUACAGAGUCUACAUGGACGAGGAAGUUCAUCAGGCAAUCUUGUUGCACUUCGUUGGUAAGACUUGGGCAGUCGCAUUGAAAAAGGCAUUCAACGCCUUUUAUCACUCCGGUGCUUGGCUCCAGACGUCUUAUCGGUCUAUGAACAAGAAGGCUCGACAAAGGCGAGAGUAUUUCGUGGAGGGCAGCACGGGUAAAUCGGAUAACGUCCGAAACCAUCGGCGGGAGAAAUAUUCGCAAGAGUAUUUCAUGACGCAAUUGCCAGAUAACGAUUCCGAUGACUAUCGGGACUACGCUGCCGAAGACCACGAGGAUCACGAAGAGUCACAGCUUGGACAGUCGAAGUCACCAUUGGCAACAAAACAGUCCAUGCUACGCCUGGUGACUACCGAGAUGCUGCUCAACACGAAGGUUUAUGGCGAGUUCUUGGUGUGGCAGUCCGACUUCAAGUGGUUUGGCCCGUCCCUUCCCCAUGACACCAUCUUUGCGGUAUUAAAGUUCUUCGGUGUUCCCGAAAAAUGGCUACGAUUUUUCAAGACAUUUCUCCAAGCACCCGUCGUCUUUGCACAGGAUGGUCCCGGAGCCCAGAUACAUGUGAGAAAUUGCGGAAUUCCCAUGAGUCAUCUACUCAGUGACGCACUUGGCGAGGCGGUCUUAUUUUGUUUGGAUUUUGCGGUCAACAAGCGCACACAAGGCGUAAACAUUCAUCGUUUCCAUGAUGAUCUCUGGUUCUGGGGCCAGGAAUCCACUUGUAUCCAAGCCUGGCAUGCCCUGCAAGAGUUUACUGGCGUCAUGGGGCUCGAGCUAAACGGAGAGAAAACUGGAGCAGCAUUGGUAGUUGCUGAUAAGACCAAGGCCCGUACCUUUCCACAAUCCUUGCCCCAAGGAACGAUCAAAUGGGGUUUUCUAAAUCUAGAUGCCAGUACCGGUUGCUGGGUCAUUGAUCGUGGCGAAGUUGAUAAACAUAUCGAAGAAUUGCGACGUCAACUAGGUGCAUGCCGUAGUGUCAUGGCCUGGGUGCAGGCCUGGAACAGCUACGUCAGUCGCUUCUUUUCCAACAACUUUGGACAACCGGCAAAUUGCCUUGGCCGACAGCACAACGACAUGAUCAUUAACACGUUCGAGCACAUCCAACGCAGUCUUUUUGCUGGUGAAGGCACGGCUAGCGUGACAGACAACCUGCGCGGUAUGCUCCAGAAGCGUUUUGGUACAGAUGACUCCGUCCCGGAUGGCUUCUUUUACUUCCCAACUGAGCUUGGUGGACUGGGACUGCGAAAUCCCUUCAUCAAUGCGUUCACGACAUACACACAUUCGUCAAGUAACCCAAGCGAGCGUAUCGAUCGGGCGUUUGAACAGGAGCAAGAGGAAUAUGAUCUUUUGAAAGAGAAAUGGGACUCAGGCGAGCACAAACCGAGAGGAAUGGAGUAUGCUCCAUUGGCGAGGGAGGACACUGGGACGGAUACAGAAGGCGACGAACCUUUUAUGAGCUUUGACGAAUAUACCAGGUAUAGGGAGGAGGUAUCUACCCAUUUGCGGGACGCUUACACGGGUUUGCUCGACUGUCCAUUGGAAGAGUGCGUUGCAUCUUCGACAGAUCUGUUGAUUGAACUUAGUAGCCGCGCUCUCGAACCAACACCUUAUUGGUUAUGGAUCUAUAACCUCUACUCCGGUGAUAUGAAGCAAAGGUUUGGGGGCCAGGGGCUACAACUGGGCACUCCUGGUUUGCUUCCAGUCGGGCUGGUGGAUGUUUUGAAAAGCGAGAACGUUCGAUGGGAAGGCUGAAGUAUUGCUGUAGGAUGUGAUCAGCUCUCUAGCCUGUAUGCAAUCUUUUUAACGAACGUCAGCACUCCUCAAGACACUUGAUAUUAGUG